GGGCGCAGCAUUUGCCGGAACAGGAAUGUUGCCGCUGUUCAUGUCCGAAAUCGGAUACAACGUGGUAAUGGUCGAGCAUGGUGAGCGUCUCUGGGAUCGUGGUUCCCGGUUGGAAAACUGGAAUAGCAAAAUGGGCAUCGAAUGGUGGCUAUGGUUCGUCCCUUAUCAUAAUACGACUGGCGACGGUAUCCAUGAUGUUUACAACAAAAAGAUAUACAAGAGACUGGUUGGGGAUGCUUUGGCUCAGGCUAGGAUGCAGGUCGUCACUUUAGGACUCCCUACCAAUUUCUCUGGGAACAGUGUUGAAACUGGAAAUAGUGCAGCAAUCGAACAUGCAGGCGAACGCGACAUGGUUUUGACGAUGCCUCGCGUAGAUCCAGAACUCUCUAACUGCACGACAUCCCACGUCUGCUUGUCAAGUAUGGGGUCGACCGGUGGGGAUGAAAACCGGAUACCCUCAGGUGCCACUCAAUCAUCAAGGACAAACGCAAGCUCGGAAAUGAGUUCUCUCCGUAUGCCCAAGGUUAUUCGACAGAGCUCAGGUCUCGCAGGUCCCGUGUUUGAUGACCAGGAAGACGGCAUUUCGGGGUCUCAAUCGCAAAACUGUAUCCAGGAGUACGUCAUCGAUGAGGAACCUCGUGGGCACUUUACUCCAAAGUUACCCUCAACACGGACUCAGGGCCCACGUCAACGUGCACUCAAGUCUCAGCCAGGAUCUUCGGCUCGACAGCGUCAAAGAACUGUGAGUGGUGGAAUAGGCGGGAGCUACGGAGGGCCCAUCAAGGACUUUGGGAUGGGUCUUGGCACGGACGGCAUUCCGGUCGAUAGUGGCACAGGCCUGAAGCUGAGCAGUGGGCGAGUCAAUCGGUCCAGCCAGAGCAAUGGCAAGAGCAAUGGUUGUCAGCAGCAAGACUAGUACUAGAGCUUAGUUUUAUACGAACACUCCUGUAUUCUUUUCUAGAAGUUUUCAAAUCAACAUUUUCUACUAGAU